AUGGUUUUGAAGCUCCUCUCCGAGGAGGAUCCCCCUCCCAUGGAGUCCCCCGAGGGUCCAGGAUCCAGACGUGGCAGGACCGAGCAGGCUCUGUUCCCUCUGACUUUCGAGGAUGUUGCCAUUUAUUUCUCGGAGCAAGAAUGGCGGGACCUAGAGGGGUGGCAGAAGGAGCUUUACAAACACGUGAUGAGAGCCAACUACGAGACUCUUGUCUCUCUGGAUGAUGGACUUCCCAAACCGGAGCUAAUAUCUUGGAUUGAACAGGAGAGCGAGCCCUUCGGGAACUGGGAAGAAUCACACAAAUCAGGAAGCAUAAUAUGCUCCUCUGCUGAUUUGCAUUUUGAUCCACUUACUGACCAAGAGCUGUUUGGGAGAAGCCAGCAAGCUGUGGAUUCAGGAGAAGCUAAGUCUCCUCACCUCUGCUUAGAUCCUCUUCAGAGCCAGCAUUCCUUUGGACCCUUUUUAGGAGAAAGGGAAGCUGCACCCUGCAGGCCCAGCCAUGGCGUCACCCUCAGGAACCCACAGAAACAUGACACGUGGGCUCUCACCCUCACACGCCACAGCUCCAGCGAGUCUACCCAGACAGAGAGAAUACCAGGUCUCGGAGCCCUGAGUCCUCCUGGCUUGCAAGAAGUCCCCUUUUGGGAGAGUGCCCAGCAUCCUUGCCCCCUCUGUGGGCCAAACUUCUGGAAGAAGAACCACUCAGUGACACAGCAGAGAAGCUACUCGAAGAACCCGCCACAUAGGGCCUGGAAGAAGUUGAGCAAGCGAGCCGGUGCACAGCCGCAGUGGAAUCCCCUUCGGGUGCAGAGGCACUUUUGGUGUCAUGAGUGUGGCAGGAGCUUCUGCCCGAGGCAGCACCUGCUCAAACAUUUGGCUGCCCAUCCGGGGUGGGGCCCGUGCUGCGGCCCCGCAUGUCAGAUGUGCUGCUACCAGCCUGUGCACAGCAGAGAGAAGCCUUCCCAGGGCCUCAGGUGUCUCCUGGUGAAUAGCACCCAGGUUCACCAGAGCCAGCACGGUGGGGAGAGGCCAUCCCCUAGGAGGGAGGGCCACCAGGCAUUGUCCGACUUGCACUCGGGACAAACGCUGGGCCUAGGCCUGGGCUGUGAAGAGUGCUGUCCCCAAGAGGGAGGCACAGAGACCCUGAAGAGCAGCCAUGGCAGGGAGAGGCCCUGCUCUGGCCUGGAGAGUGGCAAGUGCUUCCCUACAAGGGCCCAGCUCACCAGACAGCACACAGUGCGGACAGGAGCAACACCCUUCAAGUGCCCGGAGUGCAACAGGUGUUUCUACCUGCGUGGCAGGCUGCAGGUCAGCCUACACAUGCACAGCAGGGAAAGGCCAUGCUGCAGGAAGUGCGGCAAGGACUUCAGCAGAUGGUGUCAGCUCACAGAGCAUGUCCGAGUCCAUAGCAGUGAGAAGCCUUUCUGGUGUGCCACGUGUGGCAGGGACUUCCGCCAGAGGGGCCAGCUUCUGCGGCACCAGCGGCUGCACAGCGAUGAGAAGCCCUUCCAGUGCCCGGAGUGUGGGCUCAGCUUCCGCCUGCAGAGUAUGCUCAGAGCCCACCGGCUGCGGCACGGUGGCCAGAGGCCGUUCUCCUGCAGCGAGUGUGGCAGAGGCUUCACCCACCCAUGCAAGCUCCGCGAGCACUUGCGGGUACACAGCGGCGAGAGGCCCUUCCAGUGCCCAGAGUGUGACAAGCGCUUCCGCCUGAAGGGCGUCCUGAAGGCCCACCAGCGCACCCACAGCACAGAGAGGCCAUUCUCCUGCAGGGAGUGCGGCAAGGGCUUCACCAGGCAGUCCAAGCUCACGGAGCACUUCCGCCUGCACAGCGGGGAGAGACCCUUCCAGUGCGCGGAGUGCGACAGGAGUUUCCGCCUGAGGGGGCAGCUGCUGAGCCACCAGCGCCUGCACACGGGGGAGAGACCCUUCCAGUGCCCGGAGUGCGACAAGAGCUAUCGCGUGAAGGCUGACAUGAAGGCCCACCUGCUGCAGCACCGCGGGGAGAUGCCCUUCUCGUGUGAGUGUGGGAAGGGCUUCGCUAAGCAGUCUAAACUCACCGAGCAUAUCCGGACACACACAGGAGAGAAGCCUUUUCAGUGUCCCCAGUGUGACAAGAGUUUCCGCUUGAAGGCACAGCUGCUCAGCCACCAAGGCCUGCACACGGGGGAGAGGCCUUUCCACUGCCCCGAGUGUAAUAAAAGCUUCCGGGAGAGGGGCCACGUGCUCAGGCACCAGCGCAUCCACAGGCCCGAGAGGCCCUUUUCCUGUGGCGACUGUGGGAAGGGCUUCAUUUAUAAGUCUAAGCUUGCUGAGCACGUACGGGUGCACACAAAAGCCCGCCGUGCUCCCGAGGAGCCCGACAUGAAGAAGAGGCUUAGCCAGCUGAUUGCCAUGAUUGAGGCCGACUGGAGCUGAUGCGGAGCGGGCAUCCAGGCCUGUGCAGGACUGAGCCCGGGAACCCACAGCAACAGCAGCCGGCUGUAGGGGUUAGGGUCAGGGUCCUCCUUUGAGCAGGGAUGCAGUACAAAUUAGGAAUACGGGAAACCACAAAGGAUCUUCUCUUUUUCAACAUUGCCAGUGAUACUUCCUGUCUAGUGAUAAAAAGAGAUGUCUGUUCCUUCCAUCAUGUUCAGUGAUAAUUUUUACCCGAAUACUAAGCCGGUUCUAAAAUCCCAGCUUGAGGACCAGGAGGUGGCAUAAUGGUUACAUUGGUAGACUUCCACAUAGUUGACCACAGUUCAAGUCCUGGGC